CUCACACUGGAGAAAUGGAGAAUACUGCACGAAAUAUAUAUAACACCACCUCAGAUGUUUCCCCUUUUCAAACAUGCACAAACGUGCAAACCCUGCAGCCGUAAACACGGCUUUUUCUGUCAGCUGAUCCCAGGCCCGGUCUUUUCGGUCAAGCCGAGGCAUUUCCCCAGAUCCCCAGUUGCCGGCUAGUGGGAUUUCAAGGGCGCCGAGCAUCUCCACCUUUCUUUUCUCCUUCAUAAAUUCCCUCUCGCUCCUCGACACACUCCUUCUCCCUCUACGCUUUUGAAUAUCUGUUCUCUUCUUUCAUUGAAAUCCUCGUUCUGCUGACCAUCCAUUCCAACGAACAAUCCACCUCCCAAACACCACAGACGUAAAGAUGGCUUCACCUCAGGUGAUUCGCACAACGGUCACUGACCUCUGCAAGAUCAAUCACCCGGUCAUACUCGCUGGAAUGAACGUCGCAGCAGGCCCAAAGCUUGCAGCAGCAGUCACGAACGCAGGAGGUCUCGGCGUCCUUGGAGGAAUAGGAUACACACCCGACAUGCUGCGCGAGCAGAUCGCAGAACUGAAGUCCUUUUUAGCAGACAAAAACGCACCCUUCGGCGUUGAUCUUCUCCUCCCUCAAGUCGGCGGCAGCGCCCGCAAGACAAACUACGAUUACACGAAAGGCAAGCUCGACGAGCUGAUCAGCAUCAUCAUCGAUUCCGGCGCGAAGCUGUUCGUCUCCGCCGUCGGUGUGCCGCCGCAACACGUGGUUGACCGACUACAUAAGGCGGGCGUGCUAUACAUGAACAUGAUCGGACAUCCCAAGCACGUCAAGAAGUGCCUCGACCUCGGCGUGGACAUUAUCUGUGCUCAAGGUGGUGAGGGUGGUGGACAUACCGGCGAUGUUCCAACAACUGUGUUGAUCCCAGCUGUUGUGCAGCUUUGCAAAGGGAAGACCAGCCCCAUGACUGGCAAGCCGGUGCAGGUCGUUGCCGCGGGUGGUAUUUACAACGGCCAGACCGUUGCUGCGGCUCUGAUGUUGGGCGCCAGCGCCGUCUGGGUUGGAACCCGUUUUAUCUUGACUGAUGAGGCUGGUGCAUCAAAGGCACACCAAGAGGCUGUCCGAACUGCUGGUCACGAUGAUAAUAUCCGUACAAUCAUCUUCACCGGAAGACCGUUGCGAGUACGGAAUAAUCCUUACAUUACAAAUUGGGAGGAGAACCGCGCUCCGGAGAUCAAGGAGCUUACUGGCAAGGGUAUCAUUCCUGUUGAGCAUGACUUUGAGACGUUGGGUGAUGAUAUUGAUGAUGAGACAAUGGAUAACGCACGACCUUUCCUCAUGGGUAAGGCGGCCGCAGUUGUGAACGAAAAGAAGAGCGCGAAGGCGGUGGUCGACGAAUUAGUUAAUGACGCUGCUGCUUGGAUCCACAAGGGAGAGUCGAUGAUAGUGACCAAGGCGAAGCUGUAGAUAAACGAAUUCGAUCGGGACAGGUAUACGGGUGGGAGGAUGACCAUAAAUUGACGAGAUUUUGAAUAGUGUAUGAAUUAGAUUUUGCAUGCCC